AUGGCCUACUACCGCCCAUCUAGACAACAAGCGCGCCCAUACGGAUAUGACGAUGACUACGUAGCGCCAGAUCCCGGGAGGUCGUAUGACCCUUACGAAGACCGAAAUGCACCUCCUCCCCGCAAAGUCAGAAGAGAGCCGGCGACAGAUGCGUCACCUCCCCGCCGCUACAAGUCACAAAGGAGUCGCCGCCCUCCGAGUCCUGGCAGGCCAGGGUACCCUGAUGAUCCUAUGAUGGACGAUCGGAGAGCCGAAGGCCGUCCCCGCCGUAGAUAUGAGCCAGAACGCCGCGGGCGGAGUGCUGGGCCUGAUCGACGAAGCCGAGACAUCAGCCCCCCACCCUUCGGACCUCCACCAGAUUCGCCUCGCCGAAAGGCUCGCUCAGCUCGUCCCGAUCGCGAUUCUCACUACCCCGAGCGAGAUUUUCGCCCAUCUUUACGCGAGCCUCGCUCAGGGCGGGAUCGGGAACGGGAACGGGAGCUACCCAUCCGUGGAAAGCAGGACGCACGCCCUGACAGAGACCCUCGAUUCGAGCGCGAUGCUCCACCAGUGCAUCCUUAUGAUCGCGACGCUUAUGCUCGGGAACCAACUUCACGCGCGUACCCUGAUGAUCCUCGAGACCAACGAAGGUCCAAGCAUGGAAGAUCAGUGCCACCGUCACCUCGCUCUAGAUCGCAAGGACGGGGUCGAAAGUCACGAUAUCCAGACUCCGACUCUGAGUCGGAAGAUGGUCAUUACGGUGCCAAACUUGGAGCUGCCGGAGCUGGAGCGGGUGCUGCUGCUGCUGCCAGUCGACGACGGCCACGGUCUCAAACAAGAGACCGCCGUGGGCGAGAUGCUGCUCGAUCCCCAAAUAGAGGUCGGCCUCCUACCACACAGAAGAAUCGCGGCGGCGCUCCUACCGCGCGUCGCAGCUCCAUGCCCGCUAGCACCAAGCCACGCACUGCAUGGUGGCAGAACCCCAUGGUCCAGGCUGGUGCCCGUACUGCGUUCACAGCUGGUGCUCAAGCUGCGAUGAAGUCUGGUCAUGAAUCUGGUCCCUGGCUCGGCCCCAAGGGCGCCAAAGUCGCAACUGCUGCUCUUGGCGCGGCCUUGGUGGACGGCUUCAUGGGUCAGAAGCAUCCCAAUAGUACCAGACAGAAGCUUAUGAGGCAGGGCGUUGAUCUUGCCUCAGCUCAAACCACAAGGGUUCCUGAGCAUCAUGGCAGUGGUCGGAGACGAUAA